CAAAGCUCUCUCCUGCCUGGCUCAGGGGAUCUGUGCCAGACAAUGCCUGACAUGCUUUCUUUCUACAGAUGCCGCUGCGUUAGAGCGGACUGAGGUUGUCUGGGGGGAGCUCCAUGGCUCUAUCACAGUCCUGUGCCCACCCGGGGACACUCUAGGUGGUGGGACGAGGUCCUGGUGCAAACUAGGGACAACUGGCUGCAUUCUCAUAGCUGACACUGAAGGCUACGUGGGAAAGAGUUACCAAGGAAGAAUCUUUAUCACUCCUCGGGAUAGCUCUGGAGCUUUCAAAAUCUUGAUAAAUGACUUAAGAAAGGAAGACUCGGGGCUGUACAGGUGUGGGACGGGAAGAGUUGGAAGUUGGGACAGCCCACGGACGGUGGCUCUGCAGGUGACCGCAGCCUCCACCCUUCCCAUGAGACCGAAAUUUCUGACCGGCUCGGUAGGAGGCUCGCUGUCCGUGAAGUGCCACUAUGAUCCCAAGGGGAACUACGAGAAGAAGUAUUUAUGCAGGUGGAAGGAAGCGAGCUGUGAGCUGCUCGUGGAUUCGGAUGAGUUUGUGCACGAGUCCUACAAAGGGCAAAUACAAAUAACCAGCAGCAACCAGGAAAACGGGACUUUCACAGUGGUGUUGAGCCACCUGAGAGAGGAGGAUGCAGGAUGGUACUGGUGCGGGGCUAAAAACGGGCACACAGAGCACACAUCCUCUGUGAAGCUGCUCAUCCAGAAGGAAACCCGCUCUUCUAAAGACCUGGAAACAUCUACUCUUGUGAAACCUGCUUUAUCAACAAGGCCAGCCGCCUACAGCACGCCCACGCAGAGGAGCAUCACGGCCCUGACGUACACGACGGGCAGUGCCACCGAGAGCACCACCACCCUGCUGCCCACUUUCACCCCCAGCACCUCUAUAACCUCCCCAGGUGAAAUCUAUCACAAGAGCUCAUCGCACGAAUCGGGUCUGCUCCCAGUUGUGUUACCAGUUCUCAUUUUACUGAUUGUCAUUACCAUCACUAUUCUCACUCUGGCCAAAAUAAAGCUUCAGAAGGAGGCAGGUAAGUUGGCCAGGUAACAGCUUUUGGGUUCUGGUGGUUCUUUUGCAAUGGCUUUGGUUUGGGGGUUUCUGGGACCUGGAGUCAUUUCCACCUCGAGACACGCAUCCAUUCUGCAACCAGCGCAGCUUGGAAGCACGCCUGUAACUGCAAACAAGCAAUGCCCUUGGGGGUUUUUUUUAUUCAUAAAACAAAGAGCA